AACACAUACAAGGUUUUCUGAUCUGUUUUCCUGUACAGCAUAUUAUAAUGCGUGUGUAGUUACAUCAAAUGGCGAUAUUCCCAGUCAUACAGAUCGUAAGGCUCAUCUUCACCAGUGUUGUAGUCAUAGCGUUUUGGACAUACAUCGUCCAGUCGUGCAUUAUAUACUCUCAUCACUUUGACGACGACUCGAGAAAGGCUGCGUAUUUCGAAGCGAAACCUUACGGUCCACUUCAGUGCGGAAAGAUGUGUGUCCUAGAGAGACGAUGUGUGGCUAUCAACUACCACAGGGAAUCCCUCACUUGUGAGCUUGUCGAGGCAUCUGCAACUGCUGUAGGAGAUUCCGAAGGGUGGAUAUCCACAUCUAAUUUCACAUUUGUUAAUGAUAAGCUUGGGCCGUGUGCAAAUGUGGCCAUCGAAGACCUUGACAGGUGUGUUCCUUUAAAGAACACGGGGCAUUCCAACGUGAAAAAAUACUGUCCAGAAUAUCCUACCUCUCAACACGCCACCCUGACUUCCUAUUCGAGGACCUGUGGGGACAGUAUCACCUACAAAUGUAACAGUGAUCGUUGUUACCUUGAGGAAUACGUAAACGUGACGUGUAACGCUAACGGGCAGUGGUCCUCAGUCACGGCCACGUGUACCGUUAUGUCAGAAAACAGCCUUAGGUUAUUGGACGGAGCCACACCGAACAGAGGCCGGGUACAGAUAUGUCAUAAUAGUAUCUGGGGCACAGUGUGUGAUCAUAGCUGGGACACGAAUGACGCCCUUGUUGUGUGUCGACAACUAGGAUACAGUGGAGGACAGCCUUUCAUGGGCGCCGUGAGCUCGGGACAAAUUUGGCUGCAUUUGGUGUCGUGUACUGGAACCGAGAGUUUUCUAGCCAGCUGUUCACACGAUGGCUGGACAGACCCACAUUGUGUCAAUGUAAACAGCGAUGGUGCUGGUGCUAUUUGUGAUCCAUAAGACAGACAACAGAUGACAAAGAAUCGUCUAAUACCUGUCCAUUGUGUCUGAAGAUUUGUACAACAGGACUUUGUAGUCUGAAAUGACGUCCGUCUAAUACCUGUCCAUUGUGUCUGAAGAUUUGUACAGCGGGACAAUGUAGUCUGAAAUGACGUCCGUCUAAUACCUGUCCAUUGUGUCUGAAGAUUUAUACAGCGGGACAAUGUAGUCUGAAAUGACGUCCGUCUAAUACCUGUCCAUUGUGUCUGAAGAUUUAUACAGCAGUACUAAGUUGGCUAAAAAUGGGAACGUGCAUGGAACAAUAGCAUCAUAAUAAAUGUGUCUUUAGUUAGAAUGUGGUUGACUCUCGUCUCCCAACUUGAAAAACACCUUAUAUUAUAAAACAAAAGAUUGUGAUGAUCAAACAAAGUAGAUAAGUUUGAAAUGUCCUCUACAAUCAUAUAGCAUUUGAAAAUCACAUGUGAUUUUUACUCUCAUUUGAGUUCAUUGCAAUGUCACUGGGUUCAAUCGUAUUGACAGGGCGCCGGUGCUUACACCUGGGCGUCGAUGAAUUUUACACCCGGGCAACGAUAAUUUCUAUAGAAAAUGAACGCCGAAGACGGGAUCGGAAGAACGGUUGAGGUGCAAAGUCCGCGAUCGGAAUGACUGUAAAUCUCGCAGUUUAUCGGAAUUAUAUAUUUUGACAUCAUCAAGUCUUGCUGGAUUGAUUGGUAUCAGUUGAAUAGGAAAAUUAGACAUUUCCUUAUUUUACACCUGUGGCAACGAAGACGCUCUGGAGCUUUACACCCGGGCGCCGCGAUUUGCUGACGUGGUAGUGAUAUAAAAAUUACCAGAGUUGGCCUUUUGAUGAUUUUUGUUUAUGUAUUUUUUUAGUUAUGCUGCUCGAUGAAUACGUGACAGUUCAUUCACGGACGGGCCUCUUUAAAGGGUCGAGGAAACCGAAGUAAACACAGAAAAACCUAACUACGUUUUUUCUGAA